AAAAAUAACAAAGACAGAGACAAGGGUUCCCCUUUCCCUUCGUUACGCACUCCUCUCUCUCCUCUCUCUCUCUCUCUCUCGUCGUCCCGCAUUUCCCUCUUCGGUGGUGGAUCGCGCUGUCCCCUUUCACCUGCGCUUCCUCUUUCUCGUCUCCUGCUUCUUCACGUCUUAGCUCCUAUGGGGAUUCUUGUCGCAUUGCGCUUAUCGCAUUCGUAGUUGCGGCGUUAGCCUAGGAUUGCGGCGGCAGACGCAUGGGAUCCGGGAGCAGCAAGGAUGCUUCAGCAGAGGCCUCUUCGUCCGUCGGGAGCUGGAAGUCGAGAUUGAAGGGGCUUCGGGUCGUCAACUCUUCCUCUUCCUGCUUUGGUCUAGCCUCCAUCCUGUCGGAUGGCCGUCAGAAGAUAGAAGUAAAAGCAAGAUCCAAAGGCUCCUAUUGUGAGGAUGAAGCAGAGAGUAAAACAGUUGAAGGAAAUGACCAUGGUUCUGAAAAAGUUGGGCUGCCUCGUUAUGAUGGCUUGCCCUUGUCACGUGCUUCUAGUGGUGAACAGUUUAGAGAAGAAAACGAGGGUACAUCACGGAUUAAUUUUAAUAUCAAUAGUAGUUCUGUUAUGAACUAUAGAGGUGAUCGAUUGUCAAAUACAUCAGGAAGAUCACAUUCUCGUUUUACUUUUAUACCUGAUGGGAUUAGCUAUCGGCUCAACAGAGCAGUCAGUUUAGGGUCACCGGGAACCCAUUCUCUUUUCUCCACUGGUGUGUCUGUUCCAAGUAGUGAUCUUGGACAAAAUGAUAAUGCAAAUCACGAUCAUGUUGAUAGUAUACAAAAUUGUAGCACAAUGGAAACUAGCUCUUCCCUAGAUGUGGCUCAGCUUAAUGAAGGAACAGAGACUACAAUCGACAGGUGUUCUAGUGGUAGCUUUGUGGAAUCAAGAAAUGCAAGGCAUUCUCAAAGAAGACUGGGAACACAAGAAACUAUAGAAGGUAGUGUACGAUUUAGUAGAACACGUAGUGUAGGAAGGCUCCGAGAUAGAGUUCUCAGAAGGACUGCUCUUUCUGAUGGUUUGUUUGAUUCUUCUUCCCUGGACGAUAGGACUGUGUGGCCCAGUGGGCAGCCUAUUAGAAGACGAGCACUGGGUGGUGUUAGAAGAGCUUCCUCUCCUAGAAGGACUAAUGAUUUGUUGCCUGAUUCCUCAAGUAGUGUGUCUUAUCAGGAAUCUAGAUCUAUGAAUAGCAAUGAUGAGAAUGUUGCAGAUGCUCAACAGCCGAGAGUUGGGAAUCAUGAUGUUUUUGAGCACAGAUCAGCUUUCCUUGAAAGGAGAAGAAGGAUAAGGUCUCAGGUUCGUGCUCUUCAGAGACUUGGUAGCCGAUUCGAAAGUUUAUCAGGUCAUGAUAGAUCAUGUAUACUAUCUGGCCAGCAUAGAACAGGCCGCUGUGCAUGCAGAACAAGUAACCAAAAUGCAAAUCCUGAUGAUGACACAAGUGCAAGGGCAAGCAUAUCAAGAAUCGUCGUGCUAGCUGAGGCACUGUUUGAGGUUUUGGAUGAAAUACACCAGCAGUCUGUUGUACUAUCCUCUCGACCAUCUUUUUCAUCCAUUGGGUCUGUUCCUGCACCAAAAGAGGUUGUAGAGUGUAUUCCAGUAAAAAUAUUUAGCAAGACAUCGAAAUGUCAAAAUGAGGAGGCUGCACAAUGCUAUAUUUGCCUUGUGGAGUAUGAAGAAGGAGAUUGCAUGCGGUUGUUGCCUUGCAAUCAUGAAUUUCAUCGAACAUGCAUUGAUAAAUGGCUGAAAGAAAAUCAUAGGGUGUGCCCUCUAUGUCGCCGGGAUGUUUGCACAUCAAAUGCAUCAAAUAAACAAAAGCCCAGCUAGGGAAGCAGCUGCAUCCUGGUCAUGAUUCUUUAUCUGGAGGGUUCUCAGCUUCAGCUUUGGAUUUCAUCCCUCUUGGUGCACAAUUCGGUAAAGUGUGCAACUAUCAGAUAAAACGUGUACUUUCUUAAUCUUGUAUUUUGUAGAUGAAACAAUGAGAGGUUCAUUGAUUUGUCAACGUCAUUGUGUUUCUCUUCGAGCUUAUUUAUGUUUAUUUCCUCCCUGGAAUCCUAUUUCGUAAAAAGGCAACCACGGGGAGAAUUGUAUUUGUACCUGCACUUGGUGUUAUCAAAAUUGUGGACCCUUUUUCGUAAAAAAUAGUUUCCUGUUGCUGUAAUUAUUUCUUUCUUAA